AAAGUCGGCGUCAGUACGUUUUGAACCGGCGACGUCGCCACUCGCCUCAGUUCUACGCUAACUACGCGUGUAAGCUUAAAAUCGCGUAAUUUAACUUAACAAAAUUUAGAUACGUAUAAAAUUAUCAAGCCGUGAAACUGUACAUUCUAAUUUCAGCGGCGAUGCACGAAAGCGGCUAAAAAUAAACCGGGGUUCGCGCGCUCCCGUCGCCCGCCGCCGGCUCGCAUUUUCAUACUAGUUACACUAUUUCUGUCUGUAAAGCAAUAAGAUAUCCUACAUGCGAGUGAAAUCAAGUGGACAACUCUCGUGUGGACAAUGAGAAAAGUGCGUAAAAAGAAACCGAUUGCCGCGAGGCGACUGUGAGACUCGUGUUGUUUUAGUGUAUACUAACUUUAUUGUGCCACGGAAUUACGACGCAACUUUUAAAGAAUGGCGCUCGUAAUGUUGCCGUGUGACCUGCCUUGGUGGACUUCAGUACAGCGUCAUUUAAAACAUCUUCUCUUGGCAUCAGCUCCUGUUAAACUCACAGCAAGCAUGAUGAAAAUUCAUGACAUGUGCAAUAUAGGUAUAGAUCCAGAUGACGACAUCAAAGAUCCGGAUCUGAUGAAAGGCUUGGAGCAAUUUCUUAUAGAAGAGCUAUCUGAAGACGAGCAAAGAAAUUUCCUCGACAACACUAUUAGAAUAAUGGUGAACAGAGCAUUGCACCUUAAACGAUGGCGCCCACCUAAAGGACUUAUGUUUAGCUUACAACAACAAAGCGAUGUUACGGAACUGGAUUACAAUUUUCUAUCGUCACUUAUUUCUCAUGCAUUUUUCUCGACUUUCCCAAAAAGAACGCUCAAAACGCAUCCGACUUUACAAGACUUCAAUUUUACACAUUUUUUUAAAAAUUUACACAGAAAAUCACAGAGAAACAAACUAAAAAGUUUAAUACAUUAUUUUGAAUGGUUGGAUAAGAAUAGCAGCGAAGGCAGCGUUAAACUAAGCAGACAGGUAAUGACAGCAAAGCAAUGGUUAACUAUAGAAGAUUGGUUAGAAUGUACGUUGCCGCUGUGCAAGUUGUUAGUGAGGCACGAGGGACGGCCGGAGCGAUGCGAAAACGAUGAAGCCAUUAGAAUAUGUUUUGCUAGCAGUAGAGUCGGCGGCGACGUCCUUAUUGAUGGAGAUUCACAGGAGUCGCUGACAAUGUUUAUGAUGCCGGAGCUGCUACCCGUCAUGCUUUCGGUGGAAUCGCUGGAGGACAACGAGGUGUUGAAGGCGGAAGGCGUCAGAUUGUUUAGCCGGAUCAGCGACAACCGCCAGAAACCUAAUAUCGAACUACUCUCUGAACCUAAAACAGUAACCGUAUGUCUAAUGGACGCUGAAGAUUACAGCGCCUUGCCCCUCGGUCAAUGGGAAGAAGACAACGUGCUUCGGGAACUGAACAAGAGCCUGCUCGCCUUCCAGCAAGCGCCUAUGAAGAGUCGCGAUAGCCAGCAACGACAAGAGAGAAGAUUGUCACCUAUAGGGGAAUCAUUUAGCCACACACCUCCUGAAGUCGAGGCGACAGUGAUGAUAAAGCAGUCGUCAUGCAGCACAAUCAACAGCUACAACAGCAGGAGUCCCUCUCCGCAGACAUACUGCGCAGCCACACUUAAUUUAAACGAUCCCAGCGUAGAAUUAACAAAACGAAAAUGUUGGUUAUCUCCUGAUGGAGGUGUUUUGAACAAUCGAAGGGGAAGAUUCAUUGUGCUGGGCUCUUCGGGAGAAUGUCUACCGGUGACAAGGAGUCCAGGUCUUAUCAACCUGGAUACUCAAGAGGACAGUCUCUAUUCUAGUUGUAAUUCCAGCGACGACGAAUAUCACAGUGCAAAUGACAGCUUUGACUACGAUACGAUUUUCCAGAAAGACUUGUCCAUUCCAGGAGGUAGCGAGGAUGAAGGCAGAGGCGAAAGCGCACGUCCGAACUCAUUGAAGUACUACAAGGAACUAUCCACUGAGGAGAGGCGGCAGAGCUUCGCGGAGAGGUUGCGGGAGGCGCUGAGGAGAGAGGCGGAGAACUCCUGCACCACCAGCACCACCGGCGAUUGGUCCACUGACAGCUCCAGCUAUGCACCAGGGGUCAGCAUACCGUGUGCAGAACCUAAUGGGAAUGAAGUUAGGGUAAAACGCGGCAGUUCCGUUGGUUUCGUGCUUACCGACAAAGAAGUGGACAACGGCAAUACUUCCUUGAGCCGACGACCGAUUGAAAGGAAGGAAACAGGGAAUAGUUCAAAAUAUAGUUUUAGCACGGAAUAUACUUCGGAAUUAGAAGAAGUAUACGAACAAUUCAAUCAUUGGUUAAACGAUCCCAUUUGCAAUAACACAACGGAAGAGAAUAAAAAUAAAGAGUUGGAUCCCAGGGAUUUAGCUGUGAUAAGGUUCGCCGGAUCGCUGCUGAAGCGUACGUUGAGCGAGUCAAUGGCCAGCGGCACUGCUGGCGCCAGUGGCGCGGAGGCGGCCGAGCUGUACGGUCGCGACGGCCGCGACCGCGCUACGCCGCGUCGUCUCGCUCUCGCUGCGCGCUCUCUCUCACUCGAACUAGCGCGCCAUAGACACCGUCUCGCCGCACAUUUGAGACGUAAAGUAAAAGAGUCGAUACCAGAAGAGAUAUUAGAGAGUACGAAAGAGAGGCACAAUACCAACAAUAAUAGAGAGACGAAUGAAGCCGCCUCACUCGACUCUUCCACAGACACAUCUUCGACGCAGUUGUCCAACCCCAAUUUAAAAAAGAAAAAACUAAAUUGGGUUGUCAACAUGAUUGUCGAGACGAUCGAAGAGACAGUUGAAUGUGAACCAGUCACUGUCAAUAUAAAGAAAUCUAAGCUAAACGAGCUGGCGCACAAGAUAGUGUCGGGCGGGUCGUGCCGGCCUGUGGCGACGGGCAAUUGGGGCUGCGGCCGGCGGCAGCGCGGACACCCGCAACUCAAGCUGCUGCUGCAAUGGCUGGCCGCGAGCGUCGCCGGGGUGCCCGCCUUGAUCUAUUAUACCUUCGGAAAUGAGAAGCUCUUUAAGCUGGACACAUUGGUUCGAGUGCUGGUGGAUAGAAAAUGGACAGUUGGUCAGUUAACGCGGGCGGUGCUGAAGUUCGCGCGUCAAGUACUACACGAGCCCCACGUCAUCCCCGACAACCAUUCCCUUUUCGACGAGUUGAUCGGCAUUGAAAAAAUACCAGAUGACUACUAGUUCUGUUAACUACGAAGACUACAGCAACGUACCGUCAUGACAACGAUAGUGGCGCCAAAAUGACGCCAUCUUAUAAAUAUGGUAUUGAUAGGAUUUCAUUACAAAUAAAAACGUUGUAGGGACGUUUUAAAGUUAGUCGGAAUACUUUUCCGGCCUUAAAACGUUUCUACAACGUGUGAAAUAAGAUUACAAACAAAAUUUGACUAUUCGUACUGAUUAUGUAUGCAUUUAUAAGUUCAGACAGAUGUCUACGUAUACCUUAAUGCGUUACUCGUUACUUGUAUGGAAUGUGAUUUUGGCAGCUGUGUCUUAUUUACUCAAGACUAGUGCAAUUUUAAAUAGCAUUAAUAACAUAGUUACAUAAAAGCAAUACUAUAAUUCGAAAUAUGAUUAUACAAACUUAAUAUUUUUGUACAAAAUUAUCAGUACAAGUAUAAUAAAAACAUUUAUAACAGUAGGGUUUUUUAUCUAAUCAAUAUAACGAAUAAAAAUUUUAAGGGCAAUUUACAAAUAAAAAGGCAGUUAUAAAUUUUACCUAUUAAAGAUAGUAUUAUAACGAACUUUUGAACAUUUUCGCAUUUGUUAUAAAUACCUACGCUGGGCUGGACUUAAUCCAAAAACAAAGACGCAAAAAAUACGUAUCUUAAUUUGUUUUCCUUAAUUACAAAGUAUUUUGUGUUAAAGUGUUAUAGCUAAAGUAAAAACAGAUGCAAUAUUGAUUUUGACAUCUUAAUUAAGUACAGCGAUAAAAGAAUCUACAUUCAAGACUAUGGUUAUUUAAGUACCGACGUAUAUAGUUUUGGAACUAAUUUUGCGUUCUCUAGUCGUUGUUUUAAUUGGAUUAUAGCCAAACAAGCCGAGCCUAUUAUUUGUAAUGGUGUUAUGUUGUUUAACACUAAAUAUAUAGCAAUUUAUUCGUUCUAAACAUUGGUUUACUAUUAAAGGAAUUUGAACUAUGAUUUCACGUAAAUAUUGUAUCGUCUGGUCACUUCGCUCAGUGUAAUGUUCUUAUCUAAAAGUUUGUUCGAAAAGAUCGUUGUGGUCGCUAAACCUUAAAUUGUAACUAUUUGCUACAAACUUCUUAUUGUGAAUCAAAUAAUAAAAGACAUUUGAAUAGGGCAACACAGAUGCACCUUAGUAUUGCUAUCUAAAUUAAAAGUACUUAACGUCAGUGGUGCCAACAUACAACGUUUGUUUUCGAGCAAAUUUUACUUUUAUGUUGUAGACAUCGUUUUACAAAGUCUUCCACUGAUCGAAUCUCAAUGUGUCCAAAGUUUUCUUGAUUUUUAUGACUAUACGAGUCUACCAAGUGAUGAGUAAUAAAUGCGUCAUAUAAAUA